UGCAUGAUACUCGCUAGAGGCUCUAGAUUCUUGUUCGACUACUACUUACUGUGCCCUGGCACCCGCUUAGGAGGUGUUUCCUGAUGGUGGUUCGUUUCUCGAUUGGAAGCCCUGUAAUUCUCCCAACAAGCUCGCCUAGACAGUCUAGCCACAAAGCCCAUACUAGAGACGCCACGUCCAGCGACGAUAUUGCAGCCGUAGAUGCAGGUGACGUGUCAGUUCAGACUUCCCGACUGUUAUCGCAGGGUUCAGAGUCACCUAAUAGUUAGUUCACACGGGCCGCUAACACCGCUGACGCCGCGGAUGAAAGCGAUCUCAUGCGUCAAGUAGCUUGGCGCUAGUUACGUAGCGCGAUGACGCGGAUCCGUAGUAUCUUGCCAUCGUUGGUGCAUCAUCGCUCGGACGACUCUUAGAGCGACCGCUCAUCUUGGAGGAUACCACCAUCCCUACUCCUUCAAGGCUACACGCCAUGGGCACCUCCUUUGGGUCGUGAGAAUUCUAGAAAACCAGCUCAUCUUGGUCGGUUCCAGCGCCGCACCUCCUUCAAGGCUGCAGGCCAUGGUGUCCGUGAAGCCGCUUAAUUCCAGAUCCUUCCAGAAUCGAACGGUUUGCAGCCCACGAAAGCCACGUGAUUCCUGGUUUCGACCGAGCAUGAUCAAUCCAACCAGUCUAUGGCGGAUUGGCAAAGGCCGGGUCGCGAUCCAAGCGGCUUUCAUCGCGUUCUUCGCGCUGAACGCGGUUCUCGCGGGGCUCUACGCGACCGGCUUUUUUUCGAGCGAAUCACUGGAGAAGCAGCGGGAGGAGAUCGUCCAUCUAUGGCAGUCCUGCAUCUACAACCGCUUCGCCCAUAUCCACCGCUUCCAACACCCCUUUCUCCGCCCCGAACCGUGCUCCGAUCUCACCAUGGCCGCCGCGAAACGCGGCGAAGAAGGGUUGAAACGAGCGCGAUCCUCGCGGGUUCCUGGCUACUACCACCCGGAUAUUGUCGACGGGUGUGCUUCUAACGAAGGAUCGGCGGCAUUGACAAAAUCUUCUAGAAGUUCGACGGAGGGGUGUCUGGUCGAGUGGGUGGUGUACUCCACGGAAUGCGGAGUGAAUCUGAACCGUCUAGCCAAGCUCUGCCACGUGGCAGGCAUUCCGUUAGCCGUGGUCGGGCUGAACACUAUGUGGAGGGGUUUCGGCGGCAGGCUCCGGAUUUUCAGGGACUAUCUGCACUCUUUACCCGCAGACAGAAUCGUUAUCGUGUCGGACGCUGAUGACGCGUUCAUCUUGCCAGCUCAGCACUGCCGGCCAGUUGACAUUAUCCAGAAGUUCCUGGAUCUGGGGUCUCCGAUGGUUUUCGGCGCGGAAAAAUACUGCUUCCCUGAAUGGUGGCUUUAUGAAGAUUUAUACCCGAAGCCUUCUCGGGAAACCCCUUUUAAGUUCGUUAACGCUGGCACUUAUAUGGGGUUCGCAUGGGCUGUGGCCAGCGCGAUUGACGCUGCUUACAUAGGCGACUGCCUGGACGACCAACGGCAGUUCAUGCUCGUCUUCCUCGGGCAGGACAAACUUUUCAAGGGCCUGCCCCGUACCCCGACCCCGUUCCCUCAAGGCAAAAAAUUCUCCCGCGUGAAAAAGCCUCCGGUGGUCACCCCUUCCCUGGUCCUACCUCCCCCUUCAGCAGCAACCAACUCCAAUCCCAACUCCGCUUCUUCCCUCUCCCCCUCAGAUGGACCUGAUUUAAAUGCCAGCAGCCCGCCUCUGUUUAUCCAGCUUGACUAUUUCAACUCCAUUUUCCACCUACUGGGAGGGUAUGGCGCAGAGGCGUUGGAGAUAGAGGGGGAUGGGAGAGGGGGGCGGAGGGAGAUGCGGGUGCGGUCGAGGUUCACGGGGGGGGAGGCGUGUGUGUUCCACCAGCAGGGGAACAAGACAGGCGACCUAUCCAUGUUUGACAUAUUCAAUGUCACGGGGAUGGAGGUGCUGUUCUGAUGCUCACAGGGGGGUGGAGUGGGUGCUGCUUCAGCGAGCUCUUGUGAGGUGGCUGUUAGUUUGAACCGGGAGCCACUGUCACGAGACGACAUAUUCAAUGUCACGGGGAUGGAGGUGCUCUUCUGAUGCUCUCAAGCGGGGAGGUGUGUGUGUUCCACUAGCAGGGGAACAAGAUGGGAGAUUGUGCCUUGUUUGAAGUGUUCAAUGUCUCAGUCAACUCCAUGUUACAGACCCAAUGUUCGACGCUACCGGGAUGUAGAUGCUGCUCUGAGUGAGCUCUUUCUGUCUGUCGCUCUGAUUUCUUCACUGGUUUGCAGGGGGCCUGUCUGAUACGCAUCUGAUGCUGCAGGCUCAAAGGUGCUGCUGGGUCAAUGAUACAUGUGGAUGCUAUGCUACAACUACCAGAUUAGUAAAUACCAAGACUAAAUAUUACCAUACAUGAUAAUUGUACUCCCCCCUCAGUCCCUCAGUUCAAUU